CAGGUACAGCUGAACUUAAUGGCUCCUACUCGAGAAAAUUACUAUGCAAGCCAGCAGACCAUUCAGGGGCUAGGACAGUUAAAUUCUAUAGCACCUUCGCAUGACAGCUAUUAUGGAAGUCAGCCAACCAUACAUGGGCUGGGGCAGAUGGACUUCCUCCGUGCUUCAAGUUUCACAUAUGGCAUUCGGGAGGAGCCCAAUAUAAGAUCCACACAGUUGCAUGAUGACGCUUCUAGACAUGCAUGAGGAACUUUUUUAAUGCUAAGGUAGUAACUGUUGUACCUCAGUUUUGCCAUAUGUAUAUCCUGUUGGACCUAAGCUCGUUGGGUGCAGGGCAUCGACUUAUCUGAAUAGGGGUAAAAACCUUUUUGUGACAUUAAAUUCUGUGUAGCACUUAAAAUGCUUUGGAUAUUCUGGACGUGGUCCUCUAUUGUUGCUGAAGAUUAGACGACUUGUUUUGGUGUCUGUUGAAUAAUGAAGCGAGCAGUGAUAUAUUAAUUGUGAAAUGUACUUGUGAUUGACUCGGGGUAUCUAAGGCACUUUGUAGUUUGAAA